CUACGACUACUUUGCUCGCACCGUCCCACCAGACUUCUACCAGGCCAAGGCCAUGGCUGAGAUCCUGCGCUUCUUUAACUGGACCUAUGUCUCCACAGUGGCCUCGGAGGGUGACUACGGUGAGACGGGUAUUGAGGCCUUUGAGAUGGAAGCCCGGGCCCGCAACAUCUGCAUCGCCACCUCUGAGAAGGUGGGGCGCUCCAUGAACAAGAAGACCUUCGAAGGAGUGAUCAAGGCCCUCCUGCAGAAGCCCAGUGCUAGGGUGGUGGUGCUGUUCACCCGCAGCGAAGAUGCCCGGGAGCUGCUGGCGGCUGCACAGAGGAUCAAUGUCUCCUUCACAUGGGUGGCCAGUGAUGGCUGGGGUGCCCUGGAGAGCGUGGUGGCGGGAAGCGAGUUGGUGGCGGAGGGGGCCAUCACCAUUGAACUGGCAGCCUACCCCAUCCAGGAGUUUGCCAUCUAUUUCCGGAACCUCAACCCCUACAACAACAGCCGGAACCCCUGGUUCCGGGAGUUCUGGGAGCACAAGUUCCAGUGCAGCUUCCAUACCCAGGACUGCAGCCGGCACUCGCUGAAGACAGGCAAGUUCGAGCAGGAGUCCAAGAUCAUGUUUGUGGUCAAUGCUGUUUAUGCCAUGGCCCACUCCCUCCAUAACAUGCACCAGGCAUUGUGCCCCAAUGCCACCAAGCUGUGUGACUCCAUGAAGCCGGUUAAUGGCAAGAGGUUCUACAAGGACUUCAUGCUCAAUGUCAAGUUUGAUGCUCCAUUCAGGCCAGCAGACACCAAAGGCAUUGUUCGAUUUGACCGCUAUGGUGAUGGAAUCGGUCGUUACAAUAUCUUCAACUACCACAGAGCAGAUGGGAGAUAUAGAUACCAAAAGGUGGGCUACUGGGCAGAAGGGCUUACCCUGAACACCACCCUCAUCCCCUGGGCGAAGACCUCUGUUCCCGUGUCCCAGUGCAGCGACCCCUGCAAGAAGAAUGAAAUGAAGAGCAUGCAGCCAGGGGACAUGUGUUGCUGGAUAUGCAUCCCAUGCCAGCCUUACGAAUACCUGCUGGAUGAAUUCACCUGCAUGGACUGUGGUCUAGGAUACUGGCCCAAUGAUACCCUGAAUGGCUGCUAUGAGCUACCACAAGAGUACAUCCGCUGGAAAGAUGUCUGGGCCAUUGGGCCAGUUACGAUCUCUUGCUUGGGCUUCCUCUCCACCCUCUUUGUCUUUGGGGUCUUCAUUAAGAACAAUGACACUCCCAUUGUGAAGGCCUCAGGCCGCGAACUCUGCUACAUCCUCCUCACUGGGGUCCUGAUGUGCUACAGCAUGACUUUCAUCUUCAUUGCAAAGCCCUCCACCGAGGUCUGCACCCUGCGGCGCUUGGGGCUGGGAACCUCCUUUGCAGUCUGCUACUCUGCCCUCUUGACCAAGACCAACCGGAUCGCUCGGAUCUUCAGCGGGGUGAAGGAAGGGGUCCAGCGCCCACGCUUCAUAAGCCCCACCUCACAGGUGGUCAUCUGCAUGGCCCUCAUCUCCUGCCAGAUGAUCAUCGUCAUCAUCUGGCUCAUGGUGGAGACCCCCGGCACGGGGAAGGAGACGGAGCCUGACAAAAGGUACAUUGUCACCCUCAAGUGCAACAACCGUGACUCCAGCAUGCUCAUUUCACUGACCUACAAUGUGCUCUUGAUCAUCUUGUGUACAGUCUAUGCCUUCAAGACCAGGAAAUGCCCUGAAAACUUCAACGAGGCCAAGUUCAUUGGAUUCACCAUGUACACCACGUGCAUCAUCUGGCUGGCCUUCCUGCCCAUCUUCUAUGUGACCUCCACCGACUACCGCGUGCAGACCACCACCAUGUGCAUCUCCGUCAGCCUUAGCGGCACCGUGGUCCUCGGCUGCCUGUUCACCCCCAAACUCCACAUCAUCCUCUUCCAGCCCCAGAAAAACGUCGCCAGCCACCGCGUGGCCACCAACCGGUUCAGCGUGACUGCAGCAGGCUCCAGCCACUCGCACGCUGCCAAACACUCUGGCGGCAAAGCUGCUCCCCUGCUUCGCUGCAGUUUUCUUGGCACCUUCAUCCACUGAGAGCCAGCAGGUGAGUGCAAAAGGUACCACUCUUGUCCAGAGCUGCUCGGAGCUUUUCAAACAGCGUCAUUUUGGUCCCAAAAUUGUGUGAUGCAUAAAUCAGCCUGAGAGACCUUUUUUUUUUUUAACGAUGCUUUUCCCCCCCAAAAUUCAAAAUCUCAGGUCUCAAUAUGCUUGUUUUUGCUGGAGGACAACUAGUGACAUUCCCAGAGCCUGGAAGAGGGAAAAGCAUGUUCAGUGAGGCUCUUUAAAACUCUUGGUUAUAUUUAUUGUAAGUCCCCACUUAAUUCUAACACCUGACACACCCUUGGGAGAAAAACACUCUUCGUGAAAGGUUCAGCAUGCCCUGGUCUUUCAAUUGCAGAAUGAGAAAGCUGCCAUUCAGGUUCUCCAGUCGUCCAAGGAGUUCUCCUCCUGAUUACUCAUCAUUAAUAUCCCACUCGUGCCUGUCAGAAGACAGGACACUGGGCUAGAUGGACCAUUGGUCUGACCCAGUGUGGCCAUUCUUAUAUAGCUAUUCCUGAGAUUUGUAAGUGGAAAAAACAAGCCGAGACAAAUCCUUCCAGGUCUUCUUUAUGUGUCAUCAAGAAUCAAAACCAAAAAAUUAGAGCCCAGUGCGGAUACAAAAUUUGUAUCCACAUCUGAGCCACAAUCUGCAAAAAUGGUCUGUGGGUAUCCAUGGAUAUGCAGGACUCUACAAAAAAUCCCCCAGUUUUAACCUUUAAAGCAGGGGUGGCCAACCUGUGGCUCCGGAGCCACAUGCGGCUCUUCAGAAAUUAAUAUGCAGCUCCUUGUAUAGUACCAACUCCAGGGCUGGAGCUACAGGCGCCAACUUUCCAAUGUGCCAGGGGGUGCUCACUGCUCAACCCCUGGCUCUGCCCCAGGCCCUGCCCCCACUCCACCCCUUCCCAGCCCCUCCCCUGAGCCUGCCAUGUCCUCGCUCCUCUCCCCCCCCCACCCCACCCCAAACCUCCUGCAUGCCACAAAACAGCUGAUCGGGAGGUGCUGCGGGGAGGGAGGGGAAGGCACUGAUUGGCAGGGCUGCCAGCUGGUGGGAGGUGCAGGGAGUGGGGAGGUGGGGAGCUGCUAACAUAUGACUCUUUGGCAAUGUAAAUUCUGGCUCCUUCUCAGGCUCAGGUUGGCCACCCCUGCUUUAAAGGAAUACACUAAUGUACAUUUCACACUGAAUUAUGUUAACCAUUACGGUUACAAGUGACUCCUAGGAUCAGGGUAAAGAAUCAAAAAUUGGUGUCUGUUUUUUCAGUAUGUUUCCUUUUUACACUUGACAGCACUUUGUGUAGAGUUCCCCUCCCUUCCCACCCCAUACGUAUAGUCAUUUUCCUGUUGUUUGUGUGGGUCUUUCUCACCGCUCCAGGGAGAGACAUUUAGACAGAGGAAAAUGGGAUUUCAAAAGUCCCUAAUGUUUGUGGAGGGACAUGGGUAAAUUACUUGUAACUAUUUGUUUUGUUAAUCAAUUAGAUUUCAAGUUGAUGGGGUCCCUGGCGUGAUGAGGUGAGUACCUGCCCUCUUGCCCAUUGGCUUGGAUGGCUGAAAUAGGAAAUGCAAGGCAGCACUCAGAGGAGAGGGACAGGGUGAAGUUAUUGGCACAACAAUUUGGAUCCUCACAGCAAUGCAUCUCCUGCCUUUCACGUGCAUUCAGAUGCUGCGAUGCUCUUCCUGUGUCUCAAAGAACAUCAUUAGCCAGCACUUCCUGUUAGGAAUUAUCAGUAUCAAGGCCCUGGUGGGCUGGGUAGUGCUAAAGAGGUCGCAUCAGUGUUUUUCAACUGACUGAUGGAAAAAUCCAUGUUUACUGUAGAACUAUAGAAGUAUUUAAACCAGGUGAGUUAUUAGUUAUUUAAGCAAACGUGCUGCUGAUCUCUCAAGAGUUUUCUGUGGCUCGCAUCUUUUUUCACAGUAGCCCCAUGAUGUCGGUGCUAAAUGCUAGAAUUCCAGUGUUCGUAGCUGUGCCCAGCCCUCUGCCGUGACACUGGUGCCAAUGUCCUGUCCUUCUGCCAAUGCCCCCUUCCCACCAUACUAUCCACUGCUCCAGCAGGACACCUGUUAGCACCACCGCUCUUCCUGACUGCUGGACAGGCACAAGCAAUCAGCAUCCUGCUCCGCUGCUUCUAGUCACUAAUCUCCCCUCACCCCGGGGACAGCUGUACCUGUAGCCGCUGGCACUCAGUGCAAGGGAGAUCCUGAAAACCAAAUGCCAGGUUAGGCUGGGCUGGGCAAUAUAACUCUGUAGCUCGUGGUGUUUUUUUAAUUUUUAUAAACUAUUUAUUGGGAGGAGCCUUUUGGCUGGAGAGAAAAUUAUAAUAAUUAGCUGGCUGCUAACAAAAAUGUGCGUGUUCUUUGGCCCUUGACUAGGAUUAUUAUCAUUGUGACACAUGUAUUACAAGCCAAGCGAGUUUUUAAGCGUAGAUCUUUUUGUGACCAAGUUUGUGGUUUUUGUAAUUUAUGUAAAUAAAGUGCAUUUUUUUUAACGGAC